AAGAAAGCGAGAGAGAGAGUGAGUGAGGGGAGUGGAAAGUGGGAGUGCUAAUGACUGAAAAACCCAGCCUCCAAGAGACAGAGGAGGGAGUCACUGUGAGCACCCUGACAUUCCCCACAAACAUUGCAGGGGAGAAAAGCCAGUGUUUGAUAUACAGCUGUGUGUAAGUGUAUCUGUGUGUUUGUGCACUAAACUCUCUCACACACACGCGCACACACAUUAUCUGAGCGUUUGGUACAGCUGCAGGACAGAGAGCUGCCCCUCCAGUGUUGAGAAGAAGACGAGAAGGACAACAACUGCCCUCAGAAGCUGCUGUGAUCUGUUUCUCGACCCAAGAGGAGAAGAAUUAGAAGAAGUGGAGGAAGAAAAGAGGCCAACAUGUCCAACACUCUGCUGAGGAGAAACUCCAGCAAACAGGGUCUGCAGAACCUGAUGAGGCUGACGGCUCAGAGGAGCAUUGAAGACGCAGAGGAGGUGGAGAGGGAGCGCCGUCGGAGAGCUCGAGAGUCUUUACAAAGGAGGAACAGCGGUUCAUCCCCUGGAGAGUCCUCACCAGAGAAUGAGAUGGCCACAGAUGAGAAUGUGUACAAUAGUGACUUUAAACCAAGCAGCUCUCCGUCUUUGGAUGAGGACGAAGGCUUCAGCGACUGGACUCAGCGCAGAGAGAGACAGAGGCAGCAGCGACUGCUGGAGCUCUGUCAGGGAGGUGAAGCGGACGAGGAUGAGGACGAGGGGACAAUUAACAAAGCUGCACCUGUCAAGAUGGUCCGGGCCUCUGUCACAUCCUUCAGCCGAAUCCAGCAACAGGAGCAGGAAGAGACAGACAGGGCCAGGAUGGAGGAAGAGAAGAGAAAGAAAGGAGAGGAGGAGAUGGUUAAAGCCGAGAGGGCCAGAAGGGAGAACGAGGAGAAGAUGGAGCAGGUCAUGAUCAGGAGGAAAGAGGAGGCUCAAAAACCAAAACCAGAAGUGGAGAAAAGGAAAGAAGUGAAAGUUUCCUACACGUCUAAGGUUUUCCUUCACCAGGAGCCAAAACACAGCCACACCAAUGGAGACGCAGCCGGUGAGGAGGUGGUUUCACACAUUGUCAACAAGACAAAAAGAUCCACCAGCAGAACCACAGACCCAGAGGAGGCGGAGGCCAUCCUAGAGACGGAGCAGCGGCUGGAGAAGAUCAGACGAGGCCUUCAGGUGAAGGAGAGCCAAGAACUGGAGCAGCUGAAACACCGGCAGGCUGAGGCCGAGCAGGAGCUGGAAGUGCUGAAGAGAAGGAGGGAGGACAGACGCCGGCUUCGGGAGGAAGAGGAGCGCCGACGGGAGGAGGAGGAGCAGCAGAGGCUUGCCAAAGAGGAGGAGGAGAGGAGACGGAUGAAGGAGGACAUCGAGAGGAGGAGGAUGGAGGCAGCAGAGAGAAUGAAGAGCCUGAGCACAUCUAGUGUGGACGGUGAUGAGAUGUUCAGUCCCUUCAGUCCCAAAACUCCCACACACAAGAUCACACAGAGAACGGAGUCCUUGAACCGCUCGCUGAAGAAAAGUAACAGCUUCAAGAAGACACAACCUCUCGUCCUCCUGUCCAAGAUUGACGACAAGCUGGAGCAGUAUGCCCAUGCUGUGGAGAACUCACAGGAGUCUCGGGCAGUGAAGGCAUCACUGACAGACCUGCCCAGCUCCCCUGAGGUUGUCUCCUCCAAGAAGAACCUGUUUGAAGCCGGAGAAGCCUGGAGCCAGAGUCCCAUCAAGGGAGCAACCAACAAGGAUACUGAUGGUAUAAAAGUGGGCGUGGCCAGCCUGAUCACCCAGUGGGUAAAAGGCCCCUCAGACGGCGGGAGACAGUCGCCGGGCAGACCUGCAGAUGUGAGACCUGGAGAUGUGAUGCAGAAGAAGAACAUGUGGGAGAUCAUCGGAGACUCGUCUGGAAGGCCGGGCCAAAGAGCCAAUAAGGGAUCAGCCGUUGGUAAAAAGUACAAAUUUGUCGUGACUGGUCACGGUAAAUACGAGAAGAUCCCGAUGGACGAUGAUGAUGAUGAGAAUGGGGGGGAAUUCACAAACGGAAAGUCUGAUUUGUGUCAUGGUGAUUACUAAGCAGAUGUCCUCUCUUCAGGUUGUCCUCACACCAUCAGUUGGCUACAUAUGUCCAACAGAAGCAGCUAUUCAAUAGUUACAAUAUUAUAUUAAAUAAUUCAAUAAUAAAACAACGUUCAGUUGGACACACUCAACAGCUCAAAUUCACAAGAUUUCAUCAUGAAAUAUUUGUUUAAUUUCCUCUUUGUUUUUGUAUUUUUCUUCCCAUUCUGUUUCUGUUACAUAUAUAUGUCUGAUUAUGAUCUUUACUUAAACACCGCACCCCUGCCCCCACAGUACAAUGGUUAGGUCAGUGAUUCCUAGUGAUUGAUCUUGUAUGGUGGCAUGGAGGGACAUUCAAAAAGCUUCUGAAUAACAGAAAAAUAUUCAAAUCCUGAAGAAGAAUCUGAAAACAAUUGGGCUUUGAGUAAACAUUGAACGUUUUACAUAAUGAUAAGUCAUUUUUUUGGUCAUCAUUUGGCUUACUGUGCAGCCAUGUACCAAAAAGUGGAAGAUUUGGUGUGUGUUGCACAAUAACAUCUAUCAUAUAUACACCUGAUCUGUACAAUCAUACUGCUCUGUCUAUGUUUUAGUUCAACUCACUGGUUCCUUACGCUCUCUAUCUCUUCACUACAGUAGGUGUUUUUCUCUUUUAAUGUUCAUUUACUGAAAUAUCUGCUUGUAUGUGUUUUGUAACCAAAUUUCUAUGAAUAAAUUAAAAUAGUUUUCUACUAUA